AUGGUCAAAGCAAUGGAUGGUAAUCCAGCUAAUCAACCAGCGAACGGCCAUGGAUUGUCCGAUAAGAUGUGCCGCCCUUUUCAUGGCGGUUUGAAACAAGAGCAUGAGGAUCUCAACGCAAAUUCUGUUACAAAUGAACACUCAACUGAAGAUUCCGCGAAGAAAAACAACUGCAGUUGCGCCGAUGCGUCAAAGACAGGGACGCAGGAAAGUGUCGAUGAAAAUAACUAUGAAAGUGUAACUAUGAAACCUGCAGGCCUCGAUGACGACAAUGAAGGUCCAGAUUGCCUACCGCUGCUGCUCGAAGCAUCAAGGAAAAUAGCUGAAAGCCAUUUACGUCCACAAGCUGAACCGUUCGUGCCUGCAGGAGAUAAUCUAAAGCCUUCGCCGGAAGUCGAUGUGAAGCAGCCGGUACAGCAGUGCCCCAACAUUGAGCAACAACCAGUGGCAGAUAUGCCGCAAGGACCGCUGAUGGUUCUGGACCCGCGUUGUCCUAUUGAUCCAGCUAAUCCAGAGUCUAACGACGGAUGUCCUAUGCAGCAGGGAGAGCUGCAACGGCAGGAUCCCAGCAUCAUUGAAGUACAACAGUGGAAUAACAACGUCCCCAUGAAUCAACCCCCGAUGCCGCAACAACAAUUUGCACAGCAACAACAAUUUGCGCCGCAACAGCCACUACCAUGCCCGUCAUCAUACCGACCAGAAGAGCCACCGUUCCAGCCUCAGUGGAGUCAUCAGCAACGAUUUUCGUACAACGAGCAGCAGGUACAGCAGUGCCCCAACAAUGAGCAACAACCAAUGCACAACCCUACGCCGUUCCGUACUCUGGCAGAGAUACCGCAAGGACCGCUGAUGUUUCUGGACCCCCGUUGGUCCAUUGAUGAUCCAGCUAAUCCAAGGCCUAACGACGGAUGGCCCAUGCAGCAGGGAGUGCUGCAACGGCAGGAUCCCAGCAUCAUUGAACAACAACAGUGUAAUAACAAUGUCCCCAUGAAUCAACCCCCGAUGCCGCAACAACAAUUCGCAGAGCAACAACAACUUGCGCCGCAACAACAAUUUGCGCAGCAACAACAAUUUGCGCAGCAACAACAAUUUGCGCCGCAACAACAAAUUGCGCAGCAACAACAAUUUGCGCCGCAAGAACAAUUUGCGCCGCAACAACAAUUUGCGCCGCAACAACAAUUUCCGCAGCAACAACAAUUUGCGCCCAACAACAAUUUGCGCCGCAACAACAAUUUGCGCCGCAACAACAAUUUCCGCAGCAACAACAAUUAG